AUACCAGAAUGGUUCAUCCCAUGGUACGAGUUGAUCGUGGACGAGUGGAAUUGUCUGGGCGAAGGAGGCUUCGGGAGCGUGAAUCGAGCCACGUGGCUGGACUCGGAGGUGGUGGUGAAGCGUGUAACGUUGCCAGGAAGCAAGGCUAUUGCGAUGUUCCGUCGCGAAGUCGACAUUUGGUUUGGCUUCAGCCACCCUCACGUCAUUCGACUCUUCGGUGCCUGUCACGUCGGGCGACCGUUCUUCGUGUGCGAGUACGCUACGAACGGAACGUUGGUCAGCUACUUGCGCAGCCAUACCGAUGAGCUGUGGUCGAAGCUGCACGAGGCUGCGCUGGGUGUCCAAUACCUCCACGCACGCGACGUGGUCCACGGAGAUCUAAAAGGGAAUAACAUCGUGAUAGGGAGCGACCUCAAAGCGAAGGUGACGGACUUCGGUCUCAGCUCCGCCGUUAGCAGUGAAGACACGGCUCAGAUUUCCGGUGCGUGGCUUUGGGUGGCCCCCGAGUGCUUUCCAGACGACAAGGCAGGGCAGCAGGCAAGACCAUCCUUUGCGUCGGAUAUCUAUUCGCUGGGUAUGUGCAUCGUGGAAGCACUGCGGCUGGUGGAGGCGGUACAAGCUGGCAAAGACUCGCGCAGUUGUCUGCCAUGGCGCGUUACUGACAGAAUCGUGGUGAUACACAAUGCUAAGCAAGGCAACUUACCGGCGCGGCCUCUGUGCAGCGACAGUCAAUGGAAAUUGGUUGAGCGGAUGUGUAAGUUGAAUCCGAAGGAGCGGAUCAAGAUCUCGACUGUGGUGGACGAGCUG